CCCUCACCUCUCUCUCUCUCUCUCUCUCUCUCUCUUUCUCUUUCUCUCUCUCUCUUUCUCUCUCUAUCUCCGUGGUCCAUUUCAAUGGUCUUUAUCCACAGUAAGGAGAUCCGCUUUCCCUCUCCUCCUCCUCCUCCACCACCACCACCACCAUCUUUGUGAUAAAACAUUGGCUUUAGGUUUUCAGCAGCAGCAGCAGCGGCAGAGAGGCUGGCGCUGCAGUUGCGCUGGCACACAUUCAACGUGGGUGCACGCAGCGAGUGAGAGAAAAGACCCGCCGCAUCUUGUGGAUUUCUUUGCGUAUACAAGCCCGUGUACAUGGUUCUCCCUGCACCUCCUCUGUCACAUCCAGACCAGGAGUUGAUUUCACUUCUCGGAGAAAAAUGUGGCAUCGCACAAUAGCGACAGUCCUUGCUCUGUUGUAUUUUGUGGGGGACUCGCUGGCAGGGUUUCCGAAUCAAAUCAACAUUGGUGGACUGUUCAUGCGCUCUACAGUGCAGGAGCACAGCGCCUUCAGGUUUGCUGUCCAGCUGUAUAACACCAACCAGAAUGUGACGGAGAAACCCUUCCACCUCAAUUACAAUGUUGACAACCUGGAGUCUUCCAACAGUUUCUCUGUCACACAUGCCUUCUGCUCCCAGUUCUCCCGAGGAGUUUACGCCAUCUUCGGCUUCUACGACAGGAAGUCCAUGAACACGCUGACCUCCUUCUGCGGGGCGCUGCACACCUCCUUCAUUACGCCCAGCUUCCCCAUCGACGCCGACGUGCAGUUCGUCAUCCAGAUGAGGCCCGGUUUGCGAGGAGCCGUUCUCAGUCUGCUGGACCAUUACAAGUGGGAGAGGUUCGUCUACCUUUACGACACUGAUAGAGGUUUCACAAUCCUCCAGGCCAUUAUGGAGUCGGCUGUAGCCAAUAACUGGCAGGUGACAGCUCGCUCGGUGGGGAACAUCGUGGACCCCACAGAGUACAGACGCAUCAUCGAAGAGAUGGACCGCCGGCAGGAGAAACGCUUCCUCAUUGACUGUGAGGUGGACAGGAUCAACUCCAUACUGGAGCAGGUGGUGACCUCGGGAAAAAACAGCAGAGGAUACCACUACAUCCUCGCCAACCUGGGUUUUUCCAACAUGAGCCUGGACAGGGUCUUUUCUGGUGGAGCCAACAUCACAGGCUUCCAGAUCAUCAACCCAGACAGCCCCAUCGUCCAGCAGUUCCUCCAGCGCUGGGAGCGCCUGGAUGAAAGAGAAUUUCCAGAGGCCAAAAACACUCCGCUGAAGUAUACAUCAGCACUGACACACGAUGCCAUCCUCGUGAUCGCGGAGGCCUUCCGGUACCUUCGGCGGCAGCGGGUGGACGUGUCACGCAGGGGGAGCGCGGGCGACUGCCUUGCCAACCCCGCUGUGCCCUGGAGCCAAGGCAUCGACAUAGAGAGAGCCCUCAAAAUGGUCCAAGUACAAGGUAUGACAGGAAACAUCCAGUUCGACACGUUCGGCCGGCGAUCUAAUUACACAAUCGAUGUGUACGAGAUGAAGUCAGUGGGCCCCAGGAGGAUCGGCUACUGGAAUGAGUACGAAAAAUUUGUAUAUAUAAUGGAUCAACAGGUCACCAACGAGUCCUCUUCUGUGGAAAACCGAACAAUUGUGGUCACUACUAUUAUGGAAGCUCCGUAUGUGAUGUACAAGAAAAACUAUAUGCAGAUGGAUGGGAAUGACAGAUAUGAAGGCUACUGUGUCGAUUUAGCUUCUGAAAUUGCAAAACAUGUGGGGAUAAAAUAUAAGCUGUCAAUAGUGCCGGAUGGGAAGUACGGAGCCAGAGAUCCAGAGACCAAGACGUGGAACGGGAUGGUGGGUGAACUGGUUUAUGGGAGAGCUGACAUAGCUGUGGCUCCUCUAACUAUAACGUUGGUACGGGAAGAAGUGAUAGACUUCUCUAAGCCCUUCAUGAGCUUGGGCAUCUCCAUUAUGAUUAAGAAGCCUCAAAAGUCCAAGCCUGGGGUGUUUUCCUUCCUGGACCCACUGGCCUAUGAGAUUUGGAUGUGUAUAGUUUUUGCCUAUAUCGGCGUGAGUGUGGUGCUCUUCCUGGUGAGCCGUUUCAGCCCGUAUGAGUGGCAUCUGGACGAGAACGAUGAGGCCAAAGACCCUCAGAGCCCCCCAGACCCUCCAAACGACUUUGGGAUUUUUAAUAGCCUGUGGUUCUCCUUGGGCGCCUUCAUGCAGCAAGGAUGCGAUAUCUCACCAAGGUCGCUUUCCGGCCGCAUCGUCGGAGGAGUGUGGUGGUUCUUCACCCUCAUCAUCAUCUCCUCCUACACGGCCAACCUGGCCGCCUUCCUCACAGUGGAGAGGAUGGUGUCCCCGAUCGAGAGCGCAGAGGACCUGGCUAAGCAGACGGAGAUCGCCUAUGGGACGUUAGACUCAGGCUCCACUAAGGAGUUCUUCAGGCGCUCGAAAAUAGCAGUUUAUGAGAAAAUGUGGUCAUACAUGAAAUCAGCAGAACCCUCAGUGUUUGCCAAGACAACACCAGACGGGGUUUCCCGAGUACGAAAGUCGAAGGGCAAGUUCGCCUUUCUUCUCGAAUCCACUAUGAACGAGUACAUAGAGCAGCGGAAACCCUGCGACACCAUGAAAGUGGGCGGCAACCUCGACUCUAAAGGCUAUGGCGUGGCCACACCCAAAGGCUCUGCAUUAAGAACUCCUGUAAACCUUGCAGUAUUGAAACUCAGUGAACAAGGCAUCUUAGACAAGCUGAAAAACAAAUGGUGGUACGAUAAGGGUGAAUGUGGAACCAAGGACUCUGGAAGUAAGGACAAGACAAGCGCACUAAGCCUGAGCAACGUGGCAGGAGUCUUCUAUAUUCUGGUAGGAGGGCUUGGCCUGGCUAUGACUGUGGCUUUGAUAGAGUUCUGCUAUAAGUCACGACAAGAAACCAAAAGACUGAAGCUGGCAAAGAACGCCCAAAACUUUAAGCCAGCCCCUCCGGCAAACACCCAGAAUUUUGCCACGUACCGUGAAGGCUACAACGUGUAUGGGACAGAGAGUGUUAAAAUCUAGAGGAGAAUGAAAUGUGUCAAUUCCCACUGGUGCGUCUGGAUGGAAACAGCCACUCCGUGUGACCCCGACACCCCCGAGGCUGGCAUCCAUGGAGGCAACAGCCUUCUUUCUCAUCAGCUUGAACACAAGCCUACAAGUCAACAAGUGCUCAUUCUGGGUUGUGAGACCCGUCACACUAACAGAGGGCAAUGACGCAACAGGACUUUUGCUUCUGGAAACAUGGGAUUUGCCUCUUGUAGUGCCUUAUGGAGCAUUUUGGCGUCAUGGCAAUGCAAUUAAAAUUUAAUUCACUUGAAAACAAAACUUAAAAAAAAAAAUCUGUGGAACUAGGGCAAAACAUUGCUUCAAAUGACAAUUAGAUGAACUGUUGUAAUUUCAGUUGUUUUCUAUUUUGAAGAAGAAAAAAAAAAAAGCCAUGAUUUGCAAUCAGAACAUCCUGGAGUACUUAUUAAGUCAUUGGAAUCCUUUACAGACAUAUUUUUGUGGUGAAAUCUUAAGUUGGAUAAAUGUUAUAUUUAGUGAAGUAAAGUCAUUUUCUUGUUUUACUAUAAGACUAUUUUCAGUGUCAUAAUAUUUAGGACAAGCAUCAAUCAAUAAGGCUAAGUAUCAAUAAACCUGACGACAUUGUACCCCAGUUUUUACUCAGAAAAUAUCAAUAAUAUGAAACUAGUGGUCAUCUGAAACUGCGUAGGUGGUGUUACUUUCAAAGCCUGUUGGACAUCAUGUACAACUGACUGUAAUCACUUAGAUGCUUGUUUUAAAUCAACCAUGUGAGACUACAUUUGUUUCAACUGCCACAAUUUUGGAACGAGACCGUUUUUUAUUGAAAUGAGGUCCGCUUUUAAUCACUUAGUGCCAUACUGUUGAAUUCAAAAGAAUUAUAAAUCCUUUAGAGACUAGGAGAGUGAACCCCCUUUUUAUGUAACAGCAUAUUCAAAUGGUUUAACUGAGCUUAUGGUUUACACUUUGUACACACUUAGAAGCUGUUCUCAUGUAAAUGCAGUAUCUGCAGCUGUGAAUCUCAACAUUUUUUGGUAAAUGAUAACACACCAUAGCUUCUUUGGUUGUGAUAAGCUUUCUGUGUCUAUGCAUUAUGCAGAAGGUGAGCUGGUGAACUGUACAUUGAGGAAAGAGCUAUGAAUGAAACAUUUGUCUGUUUGUAUAAGUGAACUUUUUAUAAACUGAAGGAAAAACCUAAAAAUGCUACACACCAUCUACGCCUACAUUUGUUUAGUAUAUGGGACUUUUUCAUCCUUUUCUCCCCAGAUACAGUGCAUGUGAAUUUGGUGAUAGUUUUACCAAACUGCAACUCCAAAUGGACCCUGGUUUAGUUAGUGUCUGGUAACGACAUUUGAUCCAGUUUGGUUUUAGUUUUUCCAGUUCGUUUGUAACAGUACCUCAGCCAUGAGAGUUGCAUGUAUGGACACAGUGAGCCUCUGUGGAGAGGUCAUGUACAAAGGAUUUUAUUACAUUUCCUUAAUAAAAGCAGGUUUAUAUUCA